GUUUAGAAAUUAGGCCUUUGGAUGGCUUUAAUGACAGAAUAUUAUCAAGUGUUGUUGUUUGUAAGGAGGCAGGGGAUUCAGGUAAUUGUGACACAAGAAAAUGUCGAAUCUGAAGAAAACGAAAAAAAUCAGAUUUUAGAAGUUUAAAUUUCUCCUUCAAUUCUGAGAAAGAUAAUAUGGAACCUUCUUUGAGAAGGUGUUUGAAACGUGUGAUACCCUCCCGAUUAGGGCUGAACGAUUUAUCUAAUUUGCGAUUUUAUCGCGAUAUUACGUCACGCGAUUUUGAAAUCGCGUGGCUACUCGAUUUUGAGCCUUUGUUUGGUUGUUUCGCACCCAUUCAUUUUAAUCAUGCCUGUGCAUUAGGGCUGCCACGAUUAGUCGACUAGUCACGAUUAUGUCGACUAUUAAAAUCGUCGACAACUAAUUUAAUAGUCGACGCUUCGUCUUUUUUUAAAUCACUGUUUUUCUCUCAAAACUGCUGCGGCAUCUUCCACUGCCGCGUCUGCCUUUCUGUCCUUGACACACAUGCGCACUAGGGGUAAUCGGGAUCAGCCGCGAUGUCACCGGAAAUUUAUACCUGACUGGCUAUGGUAUCAUGGCAACCCGGCGGCAACGGAACUCUAAAGUGUGGGAGCAUUUUAAGCAAACACAGGACAAAAGUGUGCAAUGCAAUAUCUGCAAGACAGAGCUUUCCUUUCACGGCAGCACAAGUGCGAUGCACGAGCACCUGAAAAGGAAGCACGUUUUGGCUUGUGACAACGAUGAAGAGGGACCGUCGUCUCGUGCUAAAAAAGUACGUUCUUCUUCAAUGGACGGAUUUGUUACAAAGCUAGCUACAUGCACACCUCAGCAAGCAAAUGUUCUGACUGAGUCCAUACUGAACAUGUUGGUGACGGACAUGAGACCCCUGUCGAUGGUGGAGGAUGAAGGGUUUAAGGAGAUGAUUAAACAAUUCAACCCGGAUUAUCACAACAACUACCUACCAGGCAGAUCCCACUUCACCGCAUUGAUGGAGAAGAAAUAUCAUGCAACCUUUGAGAAGGUAAAGGAGACCCUCAGGGGCGUCAACAGUUUCCUCACGCUGACUGCUGAUGUGUGGACCAGUCGUGCAACAGAGGCUUACCUUGGAGUGUCUUGCCAUUUCCUGAGUGAAGACUGGAAAAUGAAGAUGUUCAACCUUUCCACCAUGCCUCUUGAGGAGAGGCAUACUGGUGCAAAUAUAUUGACAUGGAUGGAACAGGUUUUAGCAAAGUUUGACAUCUUGCCCACCAAAAUAAAAGCAGUAGUUCAUGAUAGUGGUUCCAAUAUGGUGGCAGCAAUGCGACUGCUUGAAGAAAAACAUGGAUGGGCCUCCAUCCGCUGUGCUGGACACACACUCCAGCUCGUAGUCAACACUGCUCUCAAAGAAACCACCAUUAGCAGAGCACUCGGUGCUGCCAGGCAGCUUGUGGAGCACUUUAAGAGAAGCGAGCUGGCUAGUACAAAGUUAAAGAUGAAGCAGGAGCAAAUGAAUGUUAAGCAAAAUGCACUGAUCCAGGAUGUCAGUACAAGAUGGAACAGUACAUUCCACAUGAUUGAAAGACUCCUUGAACAGCGCUGGCCUCUCACUGCCACUCUGUCAGAUCCCGAAGUAACUCCAAGGGGGAAACACUACUUCGACCUGAAGCCAGAGCAGUGGGAGCUGCUUGAAGAAUUGAAGCAGGGGUUGGCACCUUUUGAGACUGCUACUGUUUACCUUAGUGCACAGCAGUACACAACCAUUUCAGGUCUUCCACAGGUGGUCAAAGGGCUGACACGGGCUGUACACCAAAGCCAAUUUGAGACAAACUCAGGAAAAUCCUUCAUUUCCAGUGCAGAAAAGGGGAUAACACAGAGGUGGGGGAGUAUUUGCACUAUCUCAGGAGACAAAGAAAAUCCAGUUCUUCUUGCAGCUGCCCUGGACCCGAGAUACAGAAAGCUGAAGUUUUUGACUCCUGAAGAUGGCAUCAGACUGCAGGGGAGUAUUGAAGUGCUUGCUGUCAAAGAAGCAAAAACGACUGGGACACAGGAUGCAAAAGGGCCAAUGCAGAGGGCCCAUGGUUCAGGUAGAAAGAGUACUCUGGAAACCCUUCUUCAGUCUGACACAGACAGUUUGAGUGAAAAUGAGGAUGGAGAAUCUGAGGAGGACAGAAAGAUCCAAGUUGUGAUAAAUGAAGUUCGGCUGUACUUCGGAGAGGCUUCACUUCCUAAAAACGAGGAUCCACUGGAAUGGUGGAGUGCAAAUGAGGGGCGUUUCCCCACAAUGUCAAAGCUUGCCAAAUCAUUUCUGUGCAUCCCUGCAACCUCCACCCCAUCGGAGCGGAUUUUCUCUGCAGCAGGGAACAUCUGCUCUCAAAAGAGAGCAAGCCUUUCUUCAGGACAUGUAGAAAUGCUAACUUUCCUGGCUAUGAACAAGACCCUUGUGCAGUUUGGCAUUAUAUAGAGUAACAGUAUAGUAAAGUUGAAUACUGUUGUGAGCACUGAGCACAAAACGCACUUUUGUUACAUUUGAGUCAGUGAGACCAAAACUUUAAUAAUUCCUUAGUUACAAGUG